AUGUCUUUGCCGUCGACUCCGAGGUGGCCCUCGAACGAUGCUGGAGUGCCCAAAGUAGACGGAAGCGAAAGCUUUGGCGACCUCGUCGACAAGCUCAGCCAAGCCCUAAAGGGCCAUUUCUCAGCGCUCGAGGAGGCUAGCGAUGAGCCUGGCGUAAACGAAGCGCGAGGCUACGCAUGCGAACACGUCGCAUGGCAAUUCUUGAGCAAUCUGGCAGACCGGGAUAUCAUUGACUAUCUCUUGCUUGAGCUGCCGUCCGUACCUUCUCCCAGCAGCGAUGACCCUGCAGAAGAGGGCCUUCACAGCCGCGAUCAAAAUGGUACCAGCCGUGCGAGCGAACGAACACCUCUGCUGGAAGAUGCGACCGGGGGAUACUUCGGGAGCGGCAAUCAGAUGGCCGCGAACGCACGCUUCAGUUCCCUGACCUCUCAAUGCGAGAAUCUGAGCGCACUCGAGAUUGCCGCUGUAUCUGGCGCAAAGAAGUUCCUUUCUCAACGUCCGAUUCAGAAGGUCAUCAAUGGACUGUGGCGUGGAGACAUCGUCUUUUGGGAGACCCUCAGUGUCCAUUCAGUCAAGAAGCCCCGCAAGUACAAUCGCAAUCACGCCGACCUGUUCUGCCGCCUGCGGGUGCCUUUAUACUUGAAGGUCUUCGAAACUGUCUUCUUCGCUGUAUUCCUUGCGUUAUACUACGCGGUGCUUGUUCAUCGCGACUUCCACCGAGUAACGAUUCCUGAAAUCCUGCUCUACGUCUGGAUCGCUAGUUUUGCGUACGACGAAUUUGCCGACUGGAUUGACGCUGGGCAAACCAGCUUUUACGCGUCCGACUUCUGGUGGACGUGGGAUAUUAGCAUCGUUGUGGUCGGGGUGAUCUUUUGCAUCUUGAGAAUAGUCGGACUAUCUUCGGCCAGCAAAGAUACUAUUGAUCUGGCAUACGAUGUCCUUGGCCUCGAGGCACUCUUCCUUGUCCCUCGUAUAUUCUCAUUGCUGAGCUUGAACCGCUACUUUGGUACCUUAAUACCGUGCCUCAAAGAAAUGGUCAGUUUGUGUUUUUCAACCGGAUGGCUGUCCACUUACCCGCAAGUAGACCAAAGACUUUGUCAAAUUCUUAUCGCUCGUAGUAAUCCGUAA